ACAUUUAUACAGUAUGGUCAAUCAACUUAAAGCUGAUAAAACUAUGUGUAUACACAAACACACACAUACACACUAAAAACAUGAGCAGUUAUUUCAAUAGCUAGUCCUGAAUAUUAAAAACAUACAAUAUCUGUAUCAAAACCUUCUGAAUUUACUUAUAAAUUAGCAACGAUUAUAGAGCAGUGGUUAAUCCUGGAGUGCCAGUAUUUAGAAUGUUUUAGUUUUAACUCUGCUUCAGCACACCUGAUUUCAGUCAGCAUGUGAUUAACAUGCUUCCACAGAGCCCGAUGGGCUGCUUCACAGGCGGUUCAACCACUGAAAUGCAUUAGUUGGAACGGAGAAACCACUAAAACGAGAGCGCAACAAAAUUGACGUGUUGCAGGUAAAGUCACCGAAUGUCACUUGGAUAAAACGUAGCGCUUUGUGUUGUCACCCAGAGACUGGACUAUAACGACACCCUUCUUUCACUUUUAUUUUACAAAAUAUAAACAAAAUUCUACGUCAACUGGAAUCCAGGCGCAGUGGAGUGAAUCUGCGUCUUCCUACUCAGCGCGCGCUCCUGAUUCAGGGUCACAUUCUGUCGGGGAUACUCACAUCGGUACAUGUGUCGAGGCAAACCUGAUAUGCAAAAUAUUAAAAUCAAAUUUGGUCCCACGGUCGUUUUUCCAUUCCAUAUUUUUGACUAAAACAGAAAAUAUGAAAAACAUAACUUUUUUUUAUCCGUUUAUAUAACAUCUAUUUUUCAAAAUUCCGUUUUUCCUUUUUAUUUUUUUAUCGAAAUCUGAAAGAACGAAGAUACACGGAUUCUGAAUGUCUGCAAGUCUAUACUCAUACAUUUUUGUUUGUUUUUCUGUGGUUUGAUGUACAGCAUAACCUAAUCAAUAUUGUCUUUGUGUCACAACUAUAUAUCGGCCUACAUUAAGGGGUUUAAGACACAUAUAAAACAGUAUGUGUAAAUGCGAUUGUAUGCAAAAUCCACCCAUAAAUUUUAUUAACUAACACGAGUUUGACAACUGGACUCGCGGGAAAUUAUUCUUGAUUUGGACAAAUUAUAAACACACCCCAGACCAUGAUGAAAAUAAUUAAUGUUUCAGCUAACUUACAUUGAAACUACAAUUAAAAUGGAAAUGUUCCCCAAACGUUUUUACUUUUUUUAUUUUAUGUCCAAGGUUGUUGUGAUUGUGGAACACAGCUCAAGGUGUCGCUAUCUACCAGUCUAAAAUAUAUUUUAUUCCCAUUUCUUUGUUGACGCACCCAUCGGCUUUUCUAGAGAAAAGCAGAUGCGAUGAAGUGACCUCCCGUCGUGUUGUGUGUGUUAUUCUCGGGAUUUUAUGUGGUUCUACUUCUAACUCAUAUAUUCACUAGAAUUUCAACAUGGAUGUUAAAAUGAAUGCGUUAUUCUUCUGGAGCUGCUUUUCCGCCGUUCUGUUCCUUAACGCGCACGGAGACGCGAGCUAUUCUUUCCCGGAGGAGAUGAAACGAGGAUCAGUCAUUGGGAAUGUCGCCAAGGAUCUCGGGCUGCAGACGGGAGCGCUCACUAACAGGAGACCCCGCAUUGACACCGACGGGCCUGAAAAACGUUACUGCGACGUAAACCUGAAUAACGGAGAGCUGAUUGUGGCCGACAGGAUUGACCGCGAGGGCCUUUGUGGUGAGAAGGCUUCGUGCAUCCUGAAACAGGAGCUCGUGCUGGAAAACCCUCUAGAGCUCCAUCGGGUCAGCCUUCAUAUUCAGGAUAUUAAUGAUAACGCGCCACAGUUUAAGGAGAAGAUGAUCAGUUUAGAAAUUCAAGAAUCUGCAGACAGAGGAGCUCGUUUUGUGCUGGAGGAGGCGCAUGAUGCAGAUGUAGGACAGAAUGCAGUUCAGCAGUACAGCCUUGAAAGGAACGAUCAUUUUAUUUUAGCUGUUGAUAGAAAUAAAAUAGAGCUUGUUCUGGAUAAGGAGCUUGAUCGUGAAAAGUACAAGGAAAUAAAUGUGCUGCUGACAGCUUUAGAUGGAGGAUCUCCUCAGAGAUCAGGUACAGUAGCCAUUCAUGUCUCUGUGCUGGAUGCUAAUGAUAACGCCCCAGUGUUCAGUCAGGAGGUUUAUAAAGCCAGUCUGCCUGAAGACUCUCCUUUAGACACUCUAGUGGUCACAGUUAGUGCAGCUGAUGCUGAUGAGGGACUGAACGGAGAUGUGACUUAUGAUUUUGGUCAUGUGUCUGAUGAGGUCGUGAAAUUGUUUAGUAUCAACAGUAAAACUGGUGAAAUAUGCACCAUUGGUUCUGUUGAUUAUGAAAGUACUUCCUCAUAUGAAAUACGCGUUAAAGCAAAGGAUGGUCUUGGGCUUUCAUCUUAUGCUAAAGUCAUCAUUUCUGUUACUGAUGUGAACGACAACGCCCCUGUCAUUAAUGUGAAGUCACUGACCACUCCCAUACCAGAAGACACCUCACCUGGUACAGAGGUGGGCAUCAUCAACGUGCAGGACAGAGACUCUGAGAAGAACCGACAGGUCCACUGCUCCAUCCAGCAGAACGUUCCUUUUAAGUUGGUUCCUUCUAUCAAAAACUAUUAUUCUGUGGUGACCACAGGACAGCUGGACCGUGAACUAGUGUCUGAUUACAACAUUACAAUCAGUGCCACUGACGAGGGCUCUCCACCUCUGUCCUCCUCUAAAACUGUUCAGUUAUCUGUAGCUGACAUCAACGACAACCCACCUGUGUUUGAGGAGCAGUCCUACAGCGCUUAUGUGAGUGAAAAUAACAAACCUGGCUCCACUUUAUGUUCCGUUAGUGCUCGAGACCCGGACUGGAGACAAAACGGUACCGUGAUUUAUUCUCUGUUACCUGCUGAGGUGAACGGUGUUUCGGUGUCCUCCUAUCUAUCAGUUAACGGAGACACGGGGGUGAUCCACGCUGUCAGGUCGUUUGAUUAUGAACAGCUGAGGAGUUUUAAAGUCCACGUGAUGGCCAGAGACAACGGUUCUCCUCCUCUCAGCAGCAACGUGACCGUGAGUGUGUUCGUAUCAGAUGUGAAUGACAACUCUCCUCAGAUACUGUACCCCGCCCCGGAGGGCAGCUCCUUCAUGACCGAGCUGAUCCCCAAAGCUGCACACGGAGGCUCUCUGGUGUCCAAAGUGAUAGCGGUGGACGCGGACUCUGGACAGAACGCCUGGCUGUCCUAUCAGAUAGUCAGAUCCACUGAUCCGGGACUUUUCACUAUCGGUGUGCACAGCGGAGAGAUCAGGACGCAGCGGGACAUUUCUGAAUCUGACAGCAUGAAACAGAACCUGAUUGUAGCAGUGAAAGAUAACGGACAGCCCUCUCUGUCUGCCACCUGUGCCAUGCAUUUACUGAUUUCUGAUAACUUGGCUGAGGUGCCAGAGCUGAAAGAUAUUUCUUAUGAUGACAAGAACUCCAAACUGACCUCGUAUCUGAUCAUUGCGCUGGUGUGUGUGUCCACCUUCUUCCUGACCUUCAUCAUCAUCGUCCUGGGUGUGAGGUUUUGUCGCAGGAGAAAGCCCAGACUGUUGUUUGAUGGAGCAGUGGCCAUUCCCGGAGCUUAUCUCCCUCCUAAUUACGCAGAUGUUGAUGGAACAGGAACUUUACGCAGCUCCUACAACUAUGACGCCUACCUGACAACAGGAUCUAGAACCAGUGACUUUAAGUUUGUGUCAUCUUACAAUGACAACACGCUGCCUGCUGACCAGACUCUGAAGAAAAGUCCCUCUGAGUUUGCUGAUGUGUUUGGAGACUCUGAUUCUCCCCCUGAGGUAUGACCUGUUUAAGUAUCAUAACAUCACUACAUUUUCUUCAUGAGGUCAUUAUCCAAAUUGCAAAUUACUGUUUUUUUCUGUGACUGAUUGCUACAGCUUGCUAUUAGCUUGGUUCAGGAAAAGCAUUUUAUUCAAGUAAAGUCAGCCAAGUUUAGUGUUUGUUUUUAGUCUUUUGUAUAACUAGAAACUUUUGUCUGAGCCGAUACAACUAAAAGUCAAUUGUAGGUUAUUUAAAUCUUUCUUGUUUUCCUAAUGAAUUUAAUACAAGUCAGGUGGGCUGUAACAUCAUUUGAAAUACAAUUUUAUAUCGGUAUCUGACAUCCCAGACGUUAUCAGUGUGUCCCAGUGCUGGCUUCAUGUUUACAUUUGAUGGCAGUUGAAUUGUUUGGAUCUGUUGUUCAUUGAGUUUGCUAAAUUAAUCCUACUGAGGGUCAGUUUCACUUGGAGGGUUCGUUCACCGGUUUUAUGUUGGAACUAGUUAUCAACCACACACGGUCUUAUGUAGUUUUCUUUUGCUUCCAAUUAUUGACCAAAGCUUGUUGUAUCUAUGUGUUUUUUAUUGUUACUGCUGGUCCACCUAAUUCAGGCUGUUACAGAAUACAAUGCUGAAAGCUUGAGGAACAGCCAGUUUAAACACAAGUUUAAAGUUUGACAGCAAUAUUAACCUUCUUUUUAUCAGUUAAUUCACCCGGGCAUCAACAUAACAUGACCUAAUCCAUUGUUUAGUUCUUUUCUUACACAGUUUAGUAAAAAUUAUUUAUUGACCUUACAUGUUUCAGCUAGUAGCAAUGGUAGCAUCACUUCCUUUUAUCCACGGGCAGCAGAGGACAGUGUCGCCUUCUACUGCCUGCGUCCUUGCUGAUGACACGGUCCCAAGCGUGAUCCAAUGUGUGUUCCAUCGUCUCUGUCCAUGGUCCUGUGCGAACGCCUCCUUAUCUCUAUUGCUUCUUUGAUCCAUCUUUUAUAUUUUGGUUGUUCUGUGUUUAUGAUCCGUGUGCCGCCCCAGUCCAUUGUGCGGUUUUCCCUUGUGCAGUGGUCUGUUACAGCUGAUUUCUUUAUUGUACUUUCUGCUUCUUGUUUGGCUGCUCUUGUGUGCCUUUGACUUAUUUCCCUCUCGCACUCCCUACUGUUGAUAUCUUAUCUUUUCGGUAUACUAUUCUAUCUUUGACUGUCACGUAUGGUUUUGUUGCUGUGUUGAUAUUGUUUUUUCAUUGUUGUUAUUAUUUUUUUCUCUUACGUAGUUGAUAUAUGGAAGGGUUAUUACUGGUUUUGGUUCUAGUCUUUCUGUGUUUCUGGUUCUUUCUGUUGUUUUUUUUUUUUUCUUUUCUAUUGUACUUCGUAGUUUUCCUUUUUUAAUUGCCCAUGUUGGGCAUCGGCAGGUUUUUGAUGUGCUUUGUAUGUGUCGGUCCUCCAGUUUGGAAUCUUGUUCUUCUUUUUUUUAUAUUUGCUUUGUGGUAUAAUGUUCUGAUAACUGACAUUUUAUGCAUCACGGUACGUUCUGAUGUCCUUCUGAGGACGGCUAGAUCUACUAGCUAACAUGUCAGGUAAAUAAAUUUUUUUUUACUAAAAUGUGUAAGAAAAAAACUAAAAAAUGGAUUACGGACAAAAACACAACAUGAUCUCAUUUGAUAGAACAAAGAGUAAUCUCUUAACUAAUGGUCAAGUUUUUCAAUAUACCAACACCUUCCGCGUCUGUCCCCACUUCAUCUGAGACAGCAGUAGCUCAGGAGGAAGAGCAGGCUGUUCAGUAAUUGGAAGAUUGCUGGUGCAAUGCUGGAUCUUGCCAGAGAAUACUGCUGUUCUGUCCUUGGGCAAGACACCUAACCCGCCUUACCUGCUGGAGGUGCUCAGAGGGACCGGUGGCGCCAGCGUUCGGCAGGCAUCGCCUCUGAGGGCAGCUGUGGCUACAUUGUAGCUCCUCCCCACCAGCAUGUGAAUGUGUGUGAAUGGGUGAAUGACUGAUUGUGUUGUAAAGUGCCUUGGGGGGUUGUUGAUCAAUAAGAAGGCACUGUAUAAUAAAUACAGGCCAUUAAACAAGGUGACCAUCAAUUAUAACCAAGAACUUCAUUUGCAGCAAAUGCAAUUUGGGUACAUGUGCAUUUGUCAGAUGGACACACACACAGAGUCUUCACUAGUACCAUGUAGACGCACACCUAUCUGGAAUAAUCCUGACAUUUUGCAAAACAACAAAAUGAUGAACCUUCCGGACUGGAAAAAUAAAGGAAUCCUAUACCUGGAACACAUAUAUGAAGGAUUGGACUUCAUCCCAUUUAAUCAAAUAGUCUCCCAAUUUGGAAUGGAUAAGAAUAGCUUUUUAGAAUAUCACCAAAUUAAAUCUGUAGUCAAACAAAAAUUUAAGCUCAAUAAAAUAGAAUUACAAACACCACCAAGGGUAUUAGACUUUUAUAAUCUCAAACCCCCACAAACUACUGUCUAAAGUAUAUAAGACACUGUCAGAAAUAGACGAUAAAAUUGCAAUCCCUAUUGAAUAAUGGGAGGUGGAUCUAUCAGUUAGCUUUGACCAGAACUUCUGGUCCCAAACUUGUUUAAAAACUUUUAAAAUGAUCAGACACCCCAAUUUACAAUUAAUUCAGUACAAAAU